CAUCUCCCGCGGGCAGAUGAGUUUGAUUGAUCACCACCCGGUCAUAGUCCAAGUAAAGAUAAUAAUCACCGAUAACGACGUAUCGACGUAUCUUCGAUUUGUUUGCGUGGGGGUACAGAUGAAGAGCUAACUAGCUGCAAUUCGCAAGUCAAUUAGAGCUCAGAUUCAGUUGCAGCUGGAUUGUGCAAGGUGCCGGUGUUAUCAGCAGUUGCGGAUUAAUGUUACACGAGUGAUUUUAUUUUAAUGCAGUCGCGUUUAUUGAUGUAACUAAUCUUAGCUAAGCUGGGUACUGUUUAAUUUUGUGAGACAAGUGUGAUAUCGUGCCGACAUUGUGAUCUGGUGAGAAUGUUGCAACUAGUACGAAGUGCUAUUCGUAGUAAAAGACAGUAUGUAGCCGCUCUAGUGGCUAACCUUGCCAUCGCCUGUAUGGGCGCCAGCAUGGCGUGGACAUCGCCCGUCGAAUCAAAGCUAAACAACUUGGAAGAAUCUCCCCUUUCCCGUAUUCCAACCCCAAGCGAACUUUCCUGGAUUGGAUCAAUAUUAACGCUAGGAUCUCUCACUGGUCCUGCCUUCGCCGGUAUCGUUGCUUACCGAUUCGGCCGGAAACUCGCUAUGCUAUCCAGUGCCGUAUUCUUCCUGUUAUCCUACGUUCUAUUCCUAACGGCAUCGUCCGUCGCACAGAUCCUGGUGGGUAGAUUUCUGCAAGGUUGCGGCAUUGGUUUUGCCAUAACCAUCACGCCGUUGUACGUCGCCGAAAUUGCCACCGCUAACCGGCGAGGUUCUCUGGGAUCACUGGUUCAGACGUUUAUCACCUUUGGACUCUUGGUUGACUACACUAUCGGCCCAUAUGUCAGCUAUACUGCCUUCCAGUGGAUUCAGAUGGUUCUUCCGAUAGUGUUCAUCGUAGCCUUCUCGCAAAUGCCGGAAACGCCCCAAUUUUUCGUGUCGAAAGGAAACUAUCCAGCUGCUGCUCAAUCUCUCGCGUACAUCCGUGGAGAACCAAUCUCAGAACUACAGCAUGAGUUCAAUGCAAUUCAGCACUCGGUGGAGGAAUCGAUGCGCAAUCGAGGAACAGUUCGAGAUCUCUACCGAGAUCACGCCAACUUGCGGGCACUGAUCAUCUGUACGGGAGUGGUCAUCUUCCAGCAGCUGUCCGGCAUUAAUCCGGUGCAGUUCUUCGCACAAACGAUCUUCGAUAAAACCGGCACCGGUCUGCGAGCUGAUGUAUCCGCUAUAAUAUUGGGUAUCUUUCAGGUUGUCGCCAGCAUUGUAACGGCUCUAAUCGUGGACAGAGUUGGCCGAAGACCUACACUCCUUAUCUCAGCAGUUGGUAUGUGCUGUGCCCUUUCCGCUCUUGGAACCUACUUCUAUUUGGACCAUACCGGUUUAGAAAGCAUCGAUCGGCUAGCUUUCCUACCGGUUCUUUCGCUGGUACUUUUUGUUGUCAUGUUCUGCACUGGUUUCGGACCGAUCGCGUGGGUUCUGCUUGGGGAGAUGUUUGCUCCCAGCAUAAAAUCUCUUGCCUCAUCGAUUGUGUCCUCCAUCUGCUGGUUGACCUCGUUCUUUGUCCUCUUCUAUUUUACUGCUCUGGGUGAAGCGGUUGGAACUCACUGGCUGUUUUGGAUCUUUGCUAUCUGCUGUGCGGUUGCAUUCGUGUUCACGUACGUGUUCGUGGUGGAGACCAAGGGGCUAAGUCUGCCAGACAUUCAGGCGCGGCUCAAUGAAACGGCACCGGUGGUGGUUGCUGAUGAUAAAAGUUAAGCUAUCGUAAUGAUUGCGAUUUGUA